AUGGACCCCAAGGCAGAGAAGCGCCACCAAGAAACGGACAGCAACCAGUGCCUCCCACCUCCUCCUUCACAGCCCACGGCUGACGGAGAUUUCCGGUGCGGAAUCUGCAACAAGACAUACAGUCGUCGCGACUUGCGGGAUAGACACCGUCGUCGAUGCAUCAAGAACAUUGGCCAGGAACGUCAGUCGAAGCGGAAAUCUUGUGAUACCUGUGCACAGAAGAAACUGCGCUGCUCUAUGACUCGACCCUCUUGCAGUCGGUGCCUGCAAAGUCGAAGGCCCUGUGUUUAUCCAGCAUCUUGCGUUCCUGUGACGCCACCAGAACCUGUUAUGACCCAAGAUAACUCUGACCUGGCUAUCACAUCACCUCUCGACUCUCUCUAUAUUCCCCUGACUCUAGCUCCUAGCAAUGGGCCCUGGACUUUGUCUGCUCCCCCUCUUGACACAACAUCUACUUAUGAUGAUACUUCGAGACCAUCCUGGAGCCCGGCUAAUUCUUCCAAUGUGGGAUUAUUGGCACACAGUCACGGUGACAGCACUGUGUUCGCCACCCAAGGCCAUUGGCCCUAUGAAUCAUCAUCCGGUUCCGAUUAUUUGUCUCAGCAGCCUGACAGUUAUAGACUGAACGACCACCUGCCUGGCCUUAUUGAUGACUAUUUUGGACAUCAGUCGCAAUUACAAUAUAAUUCGCAGCAUGGAACUACCGCCUCAUCACCCGCGGCAAUGAUGCCACCGACACCGGCAGCAUUUUCGGGUGAUGGUUAUUCGUUGAGCAAUGGGUUUACGAUGGCAUCGCUUUCUUCCGCAUACACGGAAUACGCUUGGAGCGAGGGAAUCUCGACAUACGAUGACGAUGAGCUCUUACCUUUCGCCGCAUGUCCGGAGACAGUGCCAGGGAAUAUGUUUGGCCAUAGUUCCAUGGCCAAAGGAGGCGACGUUUCUGAUAGCAUUGCUGGUGACGUGAUCCACGAUAUGGUCAGCCUACUGAGGGAAUACCCCGGGAUUGCACUGCAGCAAAAAUCAUGCUCCCCGUUUCUGCAUCCCGAGUUGCAUGCUUCAGCCAUGCAAACUCUGAGAGAGCCUCCGGAGAAUUCGCUGGCCAUUCUGUCAGCUUAUGUCACCUAUGUGGAAUCUCACGAGAGGGCUAACGGCGGAAUCCGUGAUUUUGACGGAUUUCGCCGUGGGCUUCAGAGCUGCAUUACCCCCCUCCACACUCUCUGCGUCUACCAAAUUCUCGACUUGUUUGACGACAACUACCUCCCCAAUAUGCUGAUCCAUCGCCUUCAGGUUGCUUACGGGGGUAUUCUCCGAGCCUCUCACGAAGAAGAAACGGACUGGACACGCUGGAAAUUCAGCGAGUCCCUGCGUCGGAACAUCUAUUUCGUGCACAUCAUUCACACGAUCGCGGCCAAAGCACAUCUCCAUCGUCCGUCGUCGAACGGACAAGUCUGCGCUUACCCCCUCCUCCAAGAUGAGACACUGCUGCAACUACCUUUACCUGCCCCGGAAGAAAUGUGGCUGGCGCGCAGCGAGGAGGAGUGGAUGCUCGCACGCGCGCAGUUCCUAAGGUCCUGGACGGGGACCCUGGAUGGCAACAUGCUCCCCAUUCCACGGACACUGCAGCAGUGGCUGCUUCUGGAGGAGGUGGGCAGUACCAACGUGUCAUCGUUGCCGCCCAUCACCCGGAUGAUCCUAGCGUGCAUCAGGGCCAACAACGACCUGACAAGCCUGAGCUAG